UAAUUUUUAAGAAAUAAAAUUUUUGAUCUUUUGAUUUGUUUUGGAUGAUGAAUGUAUGUAGUGGUUGUAGGUUAAUCAAUUGGAUUGGUUUUUUUGGCCAAAACAAAAACGACCGAUUUUCAUUUCGAUUUCAAAUCAAUCAAUUUGAUUACCUUUUUUGUGGAUAGUGGGCGGUUGAUUUUCGGCCCAGAAAAAUUGUUGAUUGAUUGAAUCAAUUCUAGUGGAUUUUUUUCGUUUUGUUCUGGUAGUUGCAAUAAUAUUCUGAUUUGAUGAUUUCUGAUAUUCAAUAAUUCAUUUCAUUCCAUCGCCAUCAAUCAUGGGUACACGAUUAACAACUUUGGGUGCCGAUUCCGGUGUUCCGGGUUUCACUCGUAUAUUCAGCUCUACUGGUAUACGGAAAUCAUUUUGGAUAGGUGUCGUACUCAUAUUCAUCACAUUGACUGUACGUGAUUUGAUUGAUUUGAUUAAAGAUUAUGUACAAUAUCCGGUUACGGUUAAUGUUCGUAUUGCUGAUUCUCGUGUAUUGCCAUUUCCAGCCAUAACUAUUUGCAAUCUAAAUCUGGUGCAUCGAUCAAGAUUUUGUGCAGCAAAAAAUGUUGAAAAACCAGAAAUUAUUGAAAAUAUUCUGUGUGCAAAAAUUGGUGAUAUGUUGAAUCAAUGUAAAAUUUCAAAUAUGAUGGAAGAUCUAAUGGAUCAAGGUGAAAGUAUUUGUGGAUUGAAAAAAACUUCAUCAGAACCAGGUGGUUCGAAUACCAAUCGCCGUGGACCGGGAAGACGUGGAAAACGACAAUUAAAAUUACAGGAUAUAUUGAAAACAGUACGAGAAGUUGGUAAUGCCGUACGUGGUGAUGGCCAAAAAGGUUCCAGUAUUAUUGAUAUUUAUAAUGAUUUUCAAGAAUCGGUAAAAUCAAUGGCAGAUGGAUCAGGUGGACCAUUGGAUGAAACAUUGACACAGUUGGCUAAUUUUCUUGGUUUCAACGUAUCGAAUAGUCUGGAUAUUAUACCGAUGUUGUUUAUGAAAGCAUUCACCGAUACAACUGGCUGUCGACUAGGUAGUAGUGAUGUUGGCGAUAUACUUCCGGAUAAUAUUCGUUUAACGUUGAAAAAAUUAACGAAAACAUUCAUGAAUCGUGAAUGUCUAUUCAAAACACCACGACUUAUACGGUUAUUUCAUGAUACAUCACAAAAGAUUGUUAAAUCAUUGAAUAAUUGUACAACACCAUGGUUAGAAACGUUGAAAUCUAGUGUGAAAAAAGGAGAAACACCGUGGUUUUUUCUGCUGGAUUUACUUUCAUCUUGGUUAGCUGAUUUGGCUAAAAAUCGUCCCGAAGAAGCGAAACUUAUUGGCCAUCAUGGAACGGAUCUGAUUAAACAAUGUAUUUUUGCUGGCCGUACUUGUAGCCCAUUAAAAGAUUUUAGCCAUUUUUUCUACAAUUCUUAUGGUAAUUGUUACACGUAUAAUCUUCAUAUUGAUCAUUUUAAAGUACAGGAUUCACUUUCCGGUUUUACUGGACCAAAAUUUGGUCUAGAAAUUGUAUUGAAUUUGGAAACCGAACAAUAUAUGCCAACAUCGCGGGAAUCUGGUGCUAAAAUUGUCAUACAUGAUAGUACAGCAAGAGCUGAUCCAGAUCAAGAUUCUGUACACGUAGCGCCAGGUCUUGUUACAUAUAUUGGUGUACGUAUGGUGAAUAUAACACGAUUACCACAUCCAUAUCCAGAUAAAUGUUCCAAUGUAUGGCGUGAUCUUGGCCUAGAAAAAUGGGCAAGAGAAUUAAAUUAUGAUGCAUAUUCCACACAAAUCUGUUUGAAAUUAUGUUUGCAACGUUUUACGAUAAUUUAUUGUGGUUGUUGGUUACCAUCAUCACCACCACCUAAACAAGAUGUACCACAAUGUAAUAAUCGUAAACAAAAAGAAGAUGAACGCUGUACAGAAGAAAUACAUCAGAUGUAUUAUAAUGAAACGAUAAAUUGUGAUUGUCCACCAAGAUGUACGGAAUUAUCGUUUGAAAAAUUUGUUUCAACCGGACAAGAAUUACAACAAUGUUCGAUAUUGACAACGGCAAAUUUUGGUAAUAAAAAUAAUCCAAAUGACAAUAGCAACAGCGACAGCAACAACAACAACAACAACAAAGCAGUCGAAAUAGUGAUCGAUAAGGAUGAUGAUUCGAAUGAUGAAGAUGCAGAAAUGAAAUUGGAUAAAAACAAUAUGGCCAAAGUGGUAAUCUAUUUUCAAUCAUUAAGUUAUCAGGAAAUUACACAAUAUCCAAAAUAUACCGUUACAACAUUAUUGGGAGCAAUCGGUGGUAUACUAGGUGUUUAUAUGGGAUUUUCAUUUCUUGCCCUGUUCGAAGUAUUCGAUUUAUUUGGUCGUGUAUUCUGUUGUAUUGUUCCAUCAACCACCACCAACAACAACAACACAAGAACGAAUCAAAUCAGCCAAUCUUGAACAAUUAUCAUCAUCAUCAUCAUCAUCACCAGAAUAUUCAAUCAAAAGUCAAAGUAAUGAAUCAUUGGUGAAAACAAUGAAAUCAAUGAAUGUUAAAUCAAGAAUGGUUUCGAAACACUGAACAAAAAAAAAUCAAUCUCAACAACAAUCAGUCAAUUCAAUAGUUUGGAAAAAAUUCUUUUU